AUGUACCGAGCACAGACAACAUCCGACAGUUCAGCUUCGUGUUCGCUCCCUGCCACCGAGCGAUUCGUAGGCGAUCUCAAUCUAGAGUCCCUGAUUCGUGAACGAUUAGAUGAAUCAGCUGGGAACCCUCUUCGGGAUCGGAUCGGGCUCUGGAUCAGCUCCCCAGCUGCACAGAAAGCGAAGCCUCGGAGCGUGCAGAGAGAACAAGCCACAGGUAAAGAACAUGUUAUCAAUACCCCGGCACAGGGGCAAAUCCAUGGCCGAGCCAUAGCAUCGUUACUUCACCAACGGUUUGCAGCGGGGAUACAAGCAUGCGAACAACUACCCCUCGCGACGCGCCAGUCUUUGUCCGCUAUCUACUUCUCCAAAAUUGAUCACAUUGUGCCAAUAGUCGACCAGAAAAUUUCCCAAGCUCAAGCAGAAGGUUCGGCAUCGGUGUUUCUCGAAAAAGCCAUGUGUCUCUCCGCUGCAAAGACACGCGCGGCCAAUCCCCACUUACGCCUUGUGCCAAACAGCCCAAUCUUAUCGUCACGCCGAUUCUGUUCUGAGAUUUACAAGGGACUGGUUGCUGCUAUGGAAGCAGAGCUAGAACCGGAUCGGUUGACACGAAUCCGCAUUCUUACACUGAUGUCCUUGCACUGUAAGGGCCUUGAAGGGGCUGAGGCGGCAUCUCUACACCUCUGUCAAGCAAUCCACCAGGCCCAGACGGUAGGAUUGCAUCUCAGCCGGUCGAAUCAAACCUCCAUGGACUCCCUGACUAAACUCUUCUGGUGUCUAUGGACAUUGGACAAGAUCCACGCAAGUAUCGGUGGCCGGCCGGUUCUUCUAGCUGACCGCGAUAUCGGGGCCGUGAACCCCAAUGUCGGCGCUCAGACGUCAUGA